UAGCAACCCCCGUAAAACGACCUUUUUCUUUCUUUUCUUCCGUUUCGGUUUUCUCGGAGAAAGAGAGCGAGGGCGAGAGAAGAGCUUCAUUGAUACUCAAGCGAUCGCCAAACUUGAAUUAGGGUUUCAGAGCUUUAGAUCGAUUACUUAUCGGCACUUCAUCAUCGAUUCUCCAUUCACUUUUGUACACCACAGCAAUGAAGGCAGGAACAUCUACUUUGAAUCCAUAUGCAGCAUCAUAUGUACCGCUCUCUAAAAGAGGAGCAGCUGAUGGAAACAAAGAUUAUAAGAGUGGAAAUGAGGCUGUAUGGCUGGGUCCCCAUUCUGAGGGUACAACAAAAAAGCAGCAACAGAUUGCUGAGGAUCCUACAUUGAAAGGUUACCCUGUUCAAGGAUUUUAUGGUUCAUCCUCACAUAAUCCAAGGGAGAUGACAGAAAAGCACACCAUGGAUGAGGUUUUUGACAUGGAUUUGGCAUAUCUUCAGAUGACAUUUCCUGGUGUAUCUGAUGAGUCCCUUUUCGAUGUCUACUUGGCAAACAAAGGCGACUUGGAAGCCACAAUUGACAUGCUGAAUCAACUUGAGCUGUACAGCGUCGAUUCUUCUGGAAAGCUUCCAGACUCAUUGGACAUUGGUGAUGUUUCAGAGUCGGGGUCUUCUAGCAAUCACGCAGCGCAGAAACUGAAGCAGGUGGCUGGUGAGAUCAGUGUUUCUUCGUCAGGUCCCUCGGACUCUGCUAUUGUCACCUAGCUAAGGCAUCAAAAAGUGAUGUCAAUAACUUCCUGUGGCCUUUCUGGUUCUGUAAAUAUGAAUUGUGGAUUUGGGAAGUCGUUUUUGAGUCCUAAGUAGCAUCUUUACAGUGUUUUUGUUCUGAUUGUAUAGGUCUCAGCUGCUUGUACCUAAACAGUCUCUUGGAAUUAUAGGUUCGUGAUCAUUGGUUGUUAGGUUAAUAGAAAUUUUCUGUACUGAAAAUGAUCGUGGAUUGUUAGUACUUUUGAUUCUAACGAGCGACGGUAUGCUAUGGUGCAGAUGUUACAUUGCAGUGACGAGAGCAUUUUAUAUCUAUCAAUUUGUUUUCUCUUCCGAUGUGACGAUAGGGGGUUUUUGUUUUUUAUAUAGACAAAACUUAG